AUGGCCGAGUCCUGGGUGAUGCUCAAGAGCUCCUCUGAAUACUUGAUACCGCCGACGAGAGUGGCUGACACCCAACCUUUCCAAGCCCAGGCGAACGCAACAUUCAGUAUCGACAGAGACGUGGUCGACUAUGCGACUUAUGGGAAAGCUCGUCACGACACACAAGUGUUGAAAACUAGUAGAUUUGCGUUUGGCAAAAGUGAUUCAACACACAAGACUGCGCAGACUAGCACAUUUUCCAGUAGAACCUUGUUGGGGCCUGUCAAGGACUUUGAUGCAUCCCAGUCCCAUGUUGGUAUCUGGGCUCUUGAGGAACAGGUGUUCAGUUACGCUCUUUUCGAAGCCAUGGGAGGAGCCGAUGAUGUCAACCUGGGCAAAGAUGGGAGCAAUGGGACGCGUAGUAGCCGCUGGGAGCAGAAGUAA